AUGCAUUCACUUCGUGUUUUAAUUGAUCUACAAGGCUUCAAAAAUGUGACAGUUAAACACUCUUCCUUUCGUAAUUGUCGUGUCAGUGCUUAUAGACCGGAAUGGGAUAAUCGUAAAACCGGUUUAUUUUACAAACCAACCGCAGGUGCCAUCUCUAUCUUAUUCAAUCCAGACAAACCGCUCAGUCUGGGAUGUGUGAAAUCCAAAAGCGCUAAAGAGACACACCCUUCAUGGAACUAUAGUAGUCAUGUGCUCUUUGAAAAUACAAAGUUUGAAGAAAACGUAGGAAUUGAAGUUGGGGCUGUCCAUAUUAGCAAUGGCUUCACGAAAUUCCGAAGAUGUGUGUUUUUCAACAACUUUGGCAUUCGUAGAUGUGGACACGUUCAUUCUGCAUUUGGAACUGGCCGCGUAGAAUUCGAACAUUGUUCUUUUUUGAAGACAAUGGAAAGUGCGACAAUUUCAGACGGCUCUCAAUUUGAUAAAGGUGUCUUCCUUUACUCUGCAAGUGGAGGUCCCUUGAUAUUUAAAAACACAUCAAUGACCUCACUAAAAUUUAACAGGAGCUCUUAUCCGAUUGUUGACAUUUCCAGUGGGGGAUUUGUCCACAUGGAUGAAAAGUCCAGGAUGAAAUGUAAUAAAGGAGAGGCUCUUCUAUUGGAAAAUGGUACGCAUUUUCAAUACACGGAGAAAAACAAGAGCAUUUGUGUAUUAAAUGUUACCGUUUUGAAAUAUUCAUGUAAACCCUGCCAUCCGGGCCACUACAGCCUUCAAAAGGGGGUCUCCGAAGGCUUAUUGGUAGACUCCAGGGCUGAGUGUCAUCCAUGUCCGUUUGGAGCCAUCUGUAUUGAGAGGAACAUUGUUGCGAAACCUAACUUCUGGGGUUAUGUAGCACCUGACAAUCCAUCAAUGCUGAAAUUAAUUGCUUGUCCUGAAAAUUAUUGUCCAUUGACUUCGUCAAUAGACUACAGCAGCUGCCAAGGAAACAGAAACGGUACUCUCUGUGGACGGUGUGCUGAUGGGUUCACUGAGACUCUUUUAUCAACUAAAUGUCGCAGGUCUGCCAAAUGCAACGACUAUUCUGUGUGGGUUGUGACCAUAUUCCUAACAAUCACGCUGGCUAUCUAUCUUUUGAUCAAGCCCCCAAUACUGCGCACCCUAGGAAAUCAAAUCUUAUGGUUCAAGAAAUCAGAUGAAUAUCAGCCGGGAGAAGGAUCGAACAUCAAUGAUGAUGGUGAACAUUCCGAGAGUGGCUUCUCGAAAAUUACGUUCUAUUUUUAUCAAGCAGCUGAGACUUUGAUAGUAGGUUCUGUAGAAGAACUUGUUGGAAAAAUUCCUUUUAUUCACUUUGUCAUCUCUGUGUAUAACUUCCACGUUCAAUCCAUCAAUCAAGGACUUGGCUGUCCAUUUGCAGGACUCACCGCUGUAACAAAAGAGCUCUUUCUUUCUGGUACAGUGUUUUUGACAAUGGCUAACCUUGUCCUAAUCUAUGUUGUGCAUCAUGUCAUCAAUAUGUUAAUGGGAAAAGGCAAGCCCUCCCUUAUCUCUUAUAUGGCCGUUGUCAUGGAAGUGUUAUUGCUUGGAUACGAAAGGCUUGCAGAAACAGCCCUUAAGCUAAUGCACUGCGUCUCAAUUGGAUCUGGAAAAUGGUUAUUCAUCGAUGCUAAUGUCCCAUGCAUGCAGUGGUGGCAAUAUCUUCUUCUUUCGUAUAUUGUCAUCUUCCUUGUUCCUUUCAUCGUCGUUCUUUACUGGGGAUCUUUCAAGCUGUACAGAUCUUCCAUUACAGCAGGAGAGUUUGUUGCCGCCAGCAUGAUUCCACUACCAUUUCUUAUAUAUUGGCUUGUCAAGGGAAAGCUGAAAGGGAGAGGCCAGGAGUCUUCUGGCCAGCAAGUCCUAAACACAGAUGUUUCGAUUAUACUCCAUGGUCCUUUUUGUCCGCCAACCGAUAUUGACAACGGAACCCUCUACUGGGAGAGCGUUUUGAUUGGUCGAAGACUAGUUCUCCUCGCUUGUGGGGCGUUUAUCACAGAUGUCAUGUUACGGAUGGUCUUCCUGUCUGCUGCAUGCUUACUGAUAACCCUCCAUCAUGUUUUGAAGAAUCCUUAUCGACAUCCCAUGGCGAAUAAUGCUGAAACAUUAUCUCUUGUAACCUUAUCUCUCAUUGCUAUCAUCAAUCUGACCAAAGCAACUACAUUAUCAUUUGGUAUCACGACUGACGGGCCGACUGGGGCAUAUCUGAAAGCUCUUGAGUGGUUUGAGGUGUGUGCUUUGGCAUUUGUCCCAGCGUUAAUAUGCAUUUUGAUCGCAUUUGCCAUUUUGUCUCAGUUUGUGAGGUUUGCUCUUCUUUUGAUUGAGAAAUGUUUGAGGUGUUGCAGGAAGAUAUCUUUCUAUCCACGGUACGAGGACCAAGAGCAAAGACCUCUCUUGGCUAAUACUGAACAGAACUUUAAUUAA